CAAAAUUUUCAGCCAUGGGAAAAUCAAAGAGAGAAAAAGCUUCUCGUGCAAGUCAGAGGAAAAGAAAAUUCGAUGAUUCAUGCAACCCGCUUUUGCAAACAAAAAAUAAGAGGUCUGGAUCUAAAAAAGAAAGAAAAUAUCAAAGCCUGUUAAAAAAUGAAAGAAAAUACUGGAACCUUUUUAGAGCAGAACAGGACUAUCUUCAACUUUUCCAUGAAGAAAAGAAUCAUCUUGAUUUAUUCAAUGAAGAAAGGGAUCAUCUUGAUCUAUUCGAUAAAGAAAGAAAUUAUCUUGACCUUUUCGAAGAAGAAAGAGAUUAUCUUGGACUAUUCGAUGAAGAAAGAGAUUAUCUUGAGCUUUACGAUAAUGAAAGGAGUUAUCUUGAACUAUUUGAAGAAGAUAGAGAUUAUCUUGAGCUUUUUGAAAAGGAACGAGAUUAUCUUGAUUUAUUCAAUGAAGAAAGAGAUUAUCUCGAACUAUUCGAUGAAAAAAGAGAUUACCUUGGAUUAUUCGAUGAAAAAAGAGAUUAUCUUGGACUAUUCGACGAAGAAAGAGAUUAUCUUGAACUAUUCGACGACGAAAGAGAUUAUCUUGACCUAUUUGAUGAAGAAAGGGUUUAUCUUAGACUAUUCGAGAAAGAAAGAGAUUAUCUUGAACUCUUUGAUGACGAAAGAGAUUAUCUUAGACUAUUCGACGAAGAAAGAGAUUAUCUUGGAUUAUUCGACGAAGAAAGAGAUUAUCUUGACUUAUUCGAUGAAGAAAGCGAUUAUCUUGAGCUUUUUGACGAAAACAGAGAAUAUCUUCAGCUAUUUAACAAAGGGAGGAAAUAUCUUCAGCUGUUUGAUCAAGAGAGAGAUUAUCUCGAGCUUUUUGAGGAUGAAAGUGAUUAUCUCGAGCUUUUCAACGACGAAAGGGAACACCUUAGUUUGUUUGAAGAGUACAGAGAAAGUCUUUCGCUGUUUGAUGACCACAGAGAGGACCUUGAUUGGUUUGAAGAAAACAGAGGUGGAGAUGCAAUGUUUGAAGACGUUGACUACUUUAGGAUGCUGGAAGAUGAACCGCCCGAAAUAGGUUCACGUGACUGGAUAGCGCUUGUUGAAGCUGGUCUAGUCGACAUGUCAUGACCAAUUACCUUGAAUUUCUCGUAGUCAGAUUAGCACUGAAGUUUUAGAAGUCUUGUUUUAAAGUAUUUGUUUUAGAUAAUAAAUUAUGUUUACUCCACUUUUUACACAGACAACAUGGACAAGUGGAACAAGUUCAGUAUUAUAUUGCUGACUGACAUUCAUCAAUUUACUCGGGCGUCUUUUAUCGGAAGAU